GUCUCUCUCUCUCUCUCCCUCCCUCCUUCUCUUUCUUUCACUCUCUUCCCCAGCAGGAGAGAAAAAAAAACACUAAAGCCGCCGCAGACGGACAAAACCUCGGUCCGGCACUCGACUUUGGUGGUUCAGCUGAGUCUCUAAACCUCGCUCGGAGCCUCGCGUCGUGAACAAAAACAACCAAAAAACCCCCGCACAAAAAAAAGAACCAUGUCUUGGCAGAGCUACGUGGAUAACCUGAUGGCCGACGGCAGCUGCCAGGAUUCCGCCAUCGUCGGUUACACGGACGCCAAAUACGUCUGGGCAUCGUCGGAGGGCGGCACUUUCAGCGGCAUAACGGCUGAUGAAAUCGAUGUCCUAAUCGGCAAAGACCGUGAGGCCUUCUUCACCAACGGGCUGACCCUAGGGAAAAAGAAAUGCUCUGUGAUCAGAGACAGCCUGCAGAUUGAUGGAGACUGGACUAUGGACAUCAGGACAAAGAGUCAAGGAGGGGAGCCAACAUACAAUGUUUCUGUAGGCAGAGCUGGCAAAGCAUUGGUUUUAGUCAUGGGAAAGGAAGGUAUCCACGGAGGACAGCUCAACAAGAAAGCAUUUAGCAUGGCUGAGUACCUGAGGAAAGUUGGAUACUGAAGCAGCCCUUAACCCAUCCAUCCACACAGCAGCUCUCACUGUAACACAUCCCACCACCCUUUUCCCCCCAUUUAUUAUUUGUCUUCUUCUUGUCGCCUUGACAGCACUUCCAGAUACAGUUAGUGGAUGCAUCGUUGACCCCCCAUCCCCAAUUUGUUUUAUUUUCAAACCCCGCACCACCUCUUCCACUCCACCUCCGCCCUUUGUGUUUAUCCAGCAUAUUUACACGUCCCUUGUAGUGCCACAGAAAAACAAGCACGUUGAUUUUACAAAGGCUUAUUAGAAACACCAGUACUGUACAUCUCACGAAAGCCGGAGCAUUAAAAUAAAACAAUCGGACCUCCCACGUUCGGAGCGCAGCCUCCGUUUACCAACGAACGAAGUCACUGUCCAGUUUUCCUGAGGCACUAAGUGGUCUGUCUUUUCAAGAUCGAUGCCUCUGCAAGUGCUUUGAGCCUUGCUGAGCUGUUAUUGUCUUCCUAGUGUACACAGCAUGCCCAGGAAAGGGGGGAAAAAGUGCAUGCAUAUCUAUCGUUUAGCAUUAAUAUCAUUAUAAUCGAUCCCCCCGGAAACUAUAACUAACUUUAACCUCCCCCCCAAACAACCUUCCACAUUUCAACUGUUCAAAAUAGUCGAAAUUGAACCACUGGCUUUUACACUACACUUUUUUUUUUUAUUUUAAAUCCUUAUAAUCCCUAUUUACUCUCUCUCCCCUUAAAGACACCUGACCACCUUAUGCUCUUUUUUUCUUGAUUGAUUAAUGCCCUACAUCAGAUGCUUUUGCUGUUGUACUUGGAUGUGGUCUUGUAAGUCCUUGGUGUAAUGUUGGAU